GUUCUUUGUUUGUUUGUUAUCUUUAAUGUCUGUCUGUCUCUUGUUUUGCUCUGCAUUUUUCCGUCCUUACAAAGAAAAUCUGGAUCUUUGAUUUGUUUUAAUGAGUUAAUUCAUUUUUUAGUCUGACAAUUUGCUUAAGGGAUACUUUCUUAAACUUGGUUUUUUGUUGUUUUUGGCUUCUACAAUGUGAAGAUUGAGCUGUUGUUUAUGUGUGUCAUGAUUGAUGAAACUGUGUUUCAAGAUAAGUUCCUUUUCUUUUGAAUUCUAAGUAGGGAAGUGAUUCUUGAAUUGUUAACAUUAGCCUGUGCAUGUUUAUUUAGAAAGGAAUCACUUGAAGUCAUUGGAUUCAUGAAGUCAUUGGAUUCAUAAGAAGAUUUUGUCUAGAGGCUUCAUUUACGAGAGGGUUGAGGAAAGGAUCACCCCGGCCCUAUUAGUUUUCUUGGGAUUAGCUUUGUUAUUGGGGUGGAAGAAUCAUCAAUUCCUUUGAUGUUAGAAGUUUUGUGGUUACCAAGGCAUGGAAACUUAAAUUUCUUCCAAGUUGGUAUCGGUUUUGUUUCUUGUUUGCUACCUUCCUUCUUAUCCUCUUUGUUCUUUUCCUAUCACCCGGUGGUGACAAAGUGGCUAUGUAAUCUGAAAAGGGCCUGAGAAAUUUUGUAUUUUUGUGGCUGCACCUAGAGAAGUUUUUGUUUGCAGUUAGAAAACCAUGUGCAGUUGUUUUUCUUUUAGUAACAACUAUUGAUUUGUUACUGAAGUUAUCCUCGAAGAAGAUCUGAAGCAGCAAAAAAGCCUGACGUGAACGGACGCUAUGGCCACAGAGCAGUACAUGGACGAAACCGAUGCUCAGAAUGACUAUAACAGAGAAUAUAAGCCAUCAUUGCUGAAGUGGAAACCUAUUCCUAAGACAGCCAUAGAUUCUGACGAUAGCCCCUCCAAUGGUUUUGAUUGCAAUAUUUGCCUAGAUUCCGUGCAGGAUCCGGUGGUCACACUUUGUGGUCAUCUCUACUGCUGGCCCUGCAUAUACAAAUGGCUUCACUCCCAGAGCAUCUCUGCUGAAAAUCAAGAUCAGCAGCCACAACAGCAAUGUCCUGUUUGCAAAGCCGAAGUUUCCCAAUCCACAAUAGUUCCUCUCUUUGGCAGGGGCCAAACCACAAAACCCUCCAUGAAAAAAGCCCCAAAUGUCGGUAUAAUCAUUCCACGAAGACCUCCUGGUCUUGCCUGUGGGUUUGACUCGCCGAGAACACCUAUCGCCACAGGCAGUCCACGCCCAGUACAGCAAAUUCAUCAUCGGCAUAAUUAUCCACAUCAGUCACAACUCCCCUAUUCCCAGACAGGGAGUCACUCUGCUUCCCCUUUGCAUAGCCCAAGGGGCACUACAAUAAACAUGGCUGAUCCAGUGGUUGGGAUGUUUGGCGAAAUGAUUUACGCGAGGGUUUUUGGUAACUCGAUAACCAACAUGCAGAGUUACCCAAAUUCGUAUCAUCUCGCAGGAAUUGCUAGCCCAAGAGUGAGAAGGCAUGUAAUGCAAGCUGAUAGGUCUCUCAGCAGAAUCUGCUUCUUCCUCUUUUGCUGUGUAUUUUUAUGUUUUCUCUCGUUCUGACCAAAGAUUUACGUUGUUCAGAUCUCGAAUACCUCUAAAAUUUACGAGUAAUCAGCUGGAUGUGCUAGAAAUUGAUACAUGCUACAUAUCCCGUGCUGCCUUAUAUGUAACUAUGAGUCCUUUAUCCUUAGCUUUAUCAUGUAACUUGAUGAAAAAUCUUGUUCCUUCUGUUUCGGCCAGAUGAUCAAAGAUUUGGAUUCUCGCUCUUACUUUCCUCUUUUGUGGGAGAUGGUGUUUUCUUUCCCCUUUAAAA